GGCGCGAGCCGGGGAGGGGGCGGGGGCGCCGCGCACGCGCACGGGCCGGCGGCGCGCGCCGAACGGGGGGCACCGCGCGGGUGCAGCCACGAUGGAAGGGGGUGCGUACGGAGCUGGCAAAGCCGGGGGCGCCUUCGACCCCUACACCCUGGUCCGGCAGCCUCACACCAUUCUGCGCGUCGUGUCCUGGGUGUUCUCCAUCGUGGUGUUCGGCUCCAUCGUGAAUGAGGGCUACCUCAACAGCCCCUCAGAAAGCGAGGAGUUCUGCAUCUACAACCGCAACCCCAACGCCUGCGGCUACGGCGUGACCGUGGGCGUGCUCGCCUUCCUCACCUGCCUGCUCUACCUGGCCCUGGAUGUGUACUUCCCCCAGAUAAGCAGCGUCAAGGACCGGAAGAAGGCCGUCCUGUCCGACAUCGGAGUCUCGGCCUUCUGGGCCUUCCUCUGGUUCGUGGGCUUCUGCUUCCUGGCCAACCAGUGGCAGGUCUCUGAGCCCAAGGACAACCCGCUGAACGAGGGGACGGACGCGGCCCGGGCCGCCAUCGCCUUCUCCUUCUUCUCCAUCUUCACGUGGGCGGGCCAGGCUGUGCUGGCCUUCCAGAGGUACCAGAUUGGCGCCGACUCGGCCCUCUUCUCCCAGGACUACAUGGACCCCAGCCAGGACUCCAGCAUGCCUUACGCCCCCUACGUGGAGCCCAGCACCGGGCCAGAGCCCACCAGCAUGGGCGGCACCUACCAGCAGCCGGCCAGCGCCUUCGAGCCCGAGCCCCAGGGCUACCAGUCGCAGGGCUACUGAGCCACAGGGACCACCUGCCCCCCGCCUGCCCCUGAGCCACCCCAGCUGCCCCCUGCCCCCUCCCUCCAUGCCCAGCCCCCCUGCUCCCUCCCCGGCUGCCCUGCCUGGCACCUCCAGGUGGUCCCACUGAGGUCCAGGGCCACUCGGGUGGGCGGGGGCAGUGAGGUGUUGGGGGUGUCCACGUGUGUGCAGGUGUGCAGCGCCCUGGGAGGUUGCGUUCAUUCCUUAUGUCUGCAAGCCUUCAUUGAGCACCUGCUGUAUGUCAGGCCUGUGCUUGGCACGAGUGCUAAGGCAGAUGGUCCCCGGAGACGAGGAAGAGGUGAUGUGGAGGAGGCCCUGCUCUUAACCAGAGGAAGGAAUGGAGAGAAUGUUCCACCGGGAGGAUGCUGGGAAGGUUUGACUGCGGGGUGUGAGUACCCGCAGGACGCUGGGGGCUGUCACCUGCUAGAAGUGACACCCCCGCCCUGCUCUGAGUGUUGGGCCGCCUCCAUUUUAUGGUUGAGGAAACUGAGGCCUGGCAAGGUCAGGGCACUCAGGCAGCCAGUGGUAGAGGUGGGGCCACCACAGGCUACCCGACGGCAGAGCACCUUCUGUCCCCCAGGGUCCCCACCAUCUCCCAUCCCCGAGCCCGGGGCUCCGCUGCUCAGAGCUACAGUCCCUCUGGGAGGCCUUGGGGACCUCAGCCCGUGAGACACCCUGAUUCUGCUGCAAGCCAGGGGCCUGCUCUGCCCCGACUGUUCCGCCCAGCGGGACAGCCCUGCCUCCAGGCCCCUCUCCCCACAUCCCGCCGGCCUCUGCCCUGGCCGCCUUCCCGGGCGAGAGAGCCGAGCGGGCCGGCCUGGCUCCCAUGUACCACUCCGAGCUGUGUGCAUCCUCCCAGGAGCUCCAGCAGGCCUUCACGGCCUCCCGACGGAAUGACCACUGUCCCUGCCUCUAGGAGUGGCGUGCUAAGUCCCUGCCUGGGGCUGGGUGGACAAGGAGGCCUGGAGGGGGAGUGCCUGGCCCAGGAUCACAGUGAGUGAGUGGCAGAGCUGGGCUUGCUACCUGGGCUACUUCGUCCCAGCCACCCAGCAGGCGCCCCCUUCCCUGCCCCUGCGACCUCCCAGGAAACAGAACUGAUCUGGGACACUGUGUCAUCUUUCCUUCAUCCGGGGUCAGCUGGGGGCCGAGGGGCGGGGAUGGCCAAGCCAAGGUCUUCCAGAAGGCCUGCCAUGUGACUGGGCUCUCUGUGGGAAGACAGGGCUCUAGACCCAGCUUGGCCUCCACCUGGAAGCUGCUGCCAUGGGACAGACUGUCCCCAAGAUGAGUGGCAAGAGCCCCUCGGGCAUGGAAGUCCGGGGGAGGCCACAGGCCAGGGGAGAGGGUGGCAGGUGUCCCCCGAGGCACGGGAGGUGUGAGGAGGGACUCUUGGAUAAUGCAGGCUCUCUACUGAGCCUUAUAGGAUGGGCAGGCCUUGAAGCGGGGAGACUGUGGGGACGGUGUCCACGCGCCAUUGCCUCGGGGAGUGGGGCAGCGGGAUUGUGGGUUGGCGCAGUGCUGGGUGUUCCCACCACCAGCCCCCACGAGAACCCUAAGAGGCAGGUCAUAGCUACCCACUUGCCUGUUGACUCAGCAGUGAUGGGGCAUUUGUGGCGGGAACACAAAGGGUGUGGUGUCUGCCCUCGAGGAGCUGACUGUCCUCAGAGAUGAGCGUUAAACCGACUGCUGGACCCAGGGUCCCUUACGGGGGCCAGGCGCUGUGUGAGUACAGCUGUGUGGAUGCAGGUCCCCACGGAGGGGCCCGGAGGAUGGGUAGGUGUUAGUGUGGCAGUGAGGGAAGGAGCGGGAAUUUCCUUGGCAGAGAAGCAGCAUCAUUGCCCCCACUUAACAGAAGGAGAAACUGAGGCUCAGCGCACGAGUGGGUUAGCAGUGGAGCAUGGAUCAGGUCUGAUUAAGUCCUCCCAAGGGGCAGUGGUGACGGGAGAGGACCCCAGACAGCCGGGUGACAGCUGCUUGUUGGGGACUUCAACUUUCCACGUCUGGGGAAGGGGCUCCCCCAGGGUGGCCCGGGCUGGGACAGGCUGGGACUCUGGUUUCCUCCAAGUUGAGCAGUGGAGCCUGCACUAGACCAGAGGUUUGCAAAGCAGGUCAGGGGGGUGAAUGUGGUCUGUUUCUGGCAGAGAGAAGUUUGGUGUCCACACAGGAUGCUAUGAGAAGUCCUCCCCCUCGUCCCCUCCCUAUCAAAAGCCUCCCUUGCUGGGGAGACCCCAGGGUGCUGCCUGUCUGUUCCCCUGGGCACUGACCAGCUGCUGGUGAUGCUGGGUGAGAGAGCAAGGUACUGGGUAUUUAUUACAGAGUCUCCCUGCCACCCCAGAAUGGGAAGGUUUACCAGACCCCCUGCCAGGAAUGGGGGUGCUGAAUCAUUUCACUCAGCAUUCCCCACUAGUCCUGGGGUGCCGCCCAGGCAGGACCCCAUCCGGGGUCAGGCUGUGCCCUGGUGGGUGAGAAAGAGAGGACCAGAGAUGUGGAGCGCAGGAUUUAAUUGAGACCCAGGGCUCCUGACUCCCCUUCUGAGUGGUCGGUGGGCAAGUCUUGCUGCUUCUGUUGGCUGAGGACAAUCCCCUGGAGGCCUCAAGCCUGGAGCCAGUGCUCACAGGUCAGUGGCACCCCCUUUCCCUCCCUGCUGCCCCUCCUCUGCCUCCCCUCUGCUUCCAAGCCUUUCCUUGGAGAAGGGCACCCCUGCAGUCUGACCUUGCUGAGUUUGGACCCCCUCUUCCCAUCGAGUACUAGAGAGGGCCAAGGAAAACUGGGUUCCACACGAGAUUAGAGCUUCGAGGACCCUUACAGGGGUGAAGUCUGGGCCAGGAAGACAGUGACUUGUCCAUGGUUAAGCACAGAGCUAGAGGUUCCAGAUCCAGGUCUCCAGCCUCUGAUUGUGCAGUCACAGGUCAUCUGCCUGGGCGUGGCUCCUGCCACACCUGGGGGUGUAACUGUUGGGGCUAGCUCAGAGGAUCCCAGCAUCUUCUCCGCACUCCAACCUUCCCAGGUGAUUCUUGAUCUUCAAAGUCUGUUGGGGGUCCCAGGCUUCCCCCAUGUAACCAAGAUCCCCCAACCCCGUACUACCCCUCGGGAGCCCCCAGUCUUGGCCCAAGACCCCUUUGAUUCUCUAUGGAGCACAAAGGGGGAGCACCCCUCCCAACAAGAGUUUGUGGGAGGAUAGACGUGUCCACCCAUCUCCUGGCGCUGCCCCUCAAUGUGACACUCCCCAUCCCCAGGUGCCCACAGCCCUUGUCUGGGUGCCCCUGCCCUGCCCGCAGCGUUACUGCCUGUGUAUAGUAUAAAUAUAUAUAUUUUCUAUAUAUAAGAUGUAUAAUAUAAGGCUCCACAAAUAUAUCUGUGUGUGUGUGUGUGUGUGCGCGCAGUGAAUGGCAGUCCCCAUCCUGGGCCCCCACUCUGGACUCCCCCACCACCUGGUUAAGUCUCUCAAGAGUGAAUCCAGUGGCCCCGUGGCACCCUUCUCUAUGACAUCUGUCCAUUUGUGGUGAACCAAGUGAAGGCGGUGACUUCUGGUGACAUAGUAAUAAAGUGAAGACUCAAAACCCA